CGGGUAAAUAACUACAUCCUGUUUAUUGCCGAACCUGUCGCCAUGGGUGCGCGAGUCUGGAUCCUUGUCGGGAGAUGUCCGACCCACGCCUGUCGGUGAUGUGCUCCAGUGCGGCGUUGACGACUUUAACCAAGCAUUUUCCGAGGUUUCGUCGAAUACGGCCAUGAUAAAUACUAAUUGGUAGAGAACAUGAUGUCCUGUACCCGAUAUUUUCGUCCAGUACUGUUGCAAGUCCAAACACGACUUCAGACUCAUACGCCAUGUCAACGCCGUCGGUUCGCCGUUGGUACCACUGGUUUGCACCGACUGAUAGCCCCGAGGAGAGAAAGCUAAUCCUCAAACUCGACUUCCUCAUCGUACCCUAUGCUUUCAUCAUCUAUUGGGUCAAGUACAUUGACCAGAUCAACAUCAAUAAUGCUUACGUUUCUGGAAUGGCCGAUGAGCUCGGCUUCCACGGCAAUGAGCUCGUCCAAUUUCAGACCAUCUUUGUCGUCGGCAAUGUAGUCGGUCUUUUGCCAUUCAUCUACCUGUUCCCAAGGGUCCCGAUGCAUGUGCUUGUUCCGACCCUAGACCUCGGCUGGGGACUGUUUACUUUGCUACAAUACCGCGCUCAGAGCUACGCGGAAAUCAUGGCAUAUCGGUUCAUGGUUGCCAUCUUCGAAGCCUCAUACUUCCCAGGCGUUCACUUCGUCCUUGGUUCAUGGUAUCGAAGCGACGAGAUCGGCCGAAGAGGCGGCAUAUUCUACAUCGGAUUGACCCUCGGCACCUUGACAGCAUCCCUACUACAAGCCGCAGCCGUCACCUACCUCGACGGAACCCACGGCCUAGCAGGCUGGCGCUGGCUCUUCAUCAUCAACGCAAUCAUCACACUGCCCCUCGCGGUCAUCGGGUACUUCGUCUGGCCCGGCACGCCCGCAAAGCCGAACAAGCUGCUCAUGAAGGAGUCUGAACUCAACCUGGCACGCUCGCGUCUGGAAAAGGCCGGCGCGUCAGUCGAGAGCACACCCUUCUCCCUGAGCCUCUUGAAGCGCGUCUUCACGAACUGGCGGUUCUAUGUCUUGAUCAUCUGGGAUAUACUCUUCUUCAACACCAGUGCAAAUAGCGCUGCCUUCUUGUUGUGGAUUAAAAGUCUUGGUAGAUACAGUACCGCACAGAUGAACAACCUGGCUGCGCUCAGCCCUGGGCUAGGAAUUUUCUUCGUAUUGUUCAUCAACUUUAGCGCGGACUUGUGGAUUGGGCGGCCAGCUGCAAUUACCCUGGCGUCGGCGAUCAACUUUUCAGGACUGGUCAUAUUGGCUGUUUGGAACGUGCCGGAAGCCGCAAAGUGGUAUGCGUUCAGCACAACGUACUCGGCGGUUGCAGUCUCCUCGGUGCUGUACGGAUGGGCCAACAUCAUUCUCAAACACAACAUUGAAGAGAGAGCUUUGACCUUGAUCCUCAUGACGGCCAUCGCUACCUCUACCAACGCGUGGAUCCCGCUGUUUGUAUACCCGACUGUUGAAGCCCCGAGGUUUCCCAAGGGCUAUGUGUACUCUGCCGUCAUGGUUGUGUUGUUGGUCAUCAUGACGCAGGUUGUGAGGCUGUUGUUGGGUUCUCAUGGGGAGAAGAGGAUCCGCAAAGCCCAGGACAGUGAUAGCACUGCGGAUUCUAGCGAAGGGCAGCAAUCAACGCGGUACGAGACGUCUGACCCGAAAGGACCUACUCCUGUAGUUGCGGCAGUUUGAUGGCGUCCUCAUAGUGAGAUGAGAGGGGUGUCAGCGUUUGUGAAUGCUCCGAUCGAGUCAACUUGCUUGAACAGUCUUCGUUCACGGCAGUACGAGACCAGGGCACAAACGCAAGGGACACAGUACUUCAGAAUUCGUCGUGGCUUAAGUCCGUUGAUAGUUGCAGAUUGAAUUUCGAUUGCAUUCUGAAAUCAGACUUGAAGCUCAAGUUACGU